AUGGCGUCUGCUGAUCUGAGGAACGAGCUGCUCUGCUCCAUCUGCCUGAGCACUUUUACUGAACCUGUAACCCUGAGAUGUGGACACAACUUCUGCCGGGUCUGUAUUGAUCAGGUUAUGAAUACACAGGUGGUGUCUGGGCUUUACUCUUGUCCUGAAUGUAGAACAAAGUCUCGGCAUCGGCCGGCACUGAAGAAGAACAUAACUCUGUGUAACGUAGUGGAGAAUUUCCUGUCUACUCGGCCACAUAAGGAGGAGGUCAUCGGGAUCUGCUGCACUUACUGUGUGGACUCUGCUGUACCUGCUAUGAAAUCCUGUCUGCUGUGUGAGGCUUCUCUCUGUGAUAAACAUCUUAGAGUUCACAGCCAGUCACCAGAACACGUCCUGACCGACCCCACCACUUCCCUGGAGAACAAGAAAUGCUCCGUCCAUAAGAAAAUCUUGGAAUAUUACUGCCCCGAGGAUGAUGUUUUUAUCUGUGUCUAUUGCUCAGCAGAAGAACAUCGGGGACACCAAGUGGAGAAGCUGGAUGAACCUUUUGAGAAAAAGAAGAAAAAACUAAGACAUUUUCUGCAGAAACUGAUCCCAAAGAGAGAGGUGAUUGAGGAAAGAGUCCAGAGUCUAGAGGAACUCUGGAGAAAAUCUCAAGAAAAAUCAUCUGGCGAAGCGGAGAGAGUCAUUGCUCUGUUUAUAGACAUAAAGAGACGGCUGGACGACCUGGAGGACAGCGUCCUGAGUGAGAUCUCCAGGCAAGAAGAAGAGAUGUCACUGUCAUUGUCUGAUGUGAUCCAGAAGUUGGAAAAGAAGAAGGACGAGCUGUCCAGGAAGAUGAGACACAUUGAGGAGCUGUGUAACAUGACGGAUCCACUGACUGUCUUAAAGGAUCCAGACACAGGUGACUUGUGUGAUCCUGAGGAAGGAGGUGAUGAGGACACAGGGGGACAUGAUAUGACACAUAAUGUGGAUGUGAUUACAGGGAUGUUACAUGAAGGUUUCUCUGAUAUAAUGAAAUAUCUGCAGACCAUCUCACCUACAAAACCAGAAAACAAGAGGAAACGCUACCACUGGGACCAAACUCUGCCCAGUCACACAAAAGCUUCACCUCUGUCAGGUACAGAAUAUGGGGGCGAUGGUGUAAUAGUCAGGACUGGGGGUGCUGGAGGGAAGGUACCGGCAGCAGCAGAAGAAAAGAUCUAUGGGGAGGGUCCUGCAGACAUAUUACUGGAUGUAAACACGGCUCAAAAUAAUCUCCUUAUAUCAGAUGAUCGGAAAACUGCAACGUGGACACGAGGGAUACAGAAUUGUCCUGAAACAGCAGAGAGAUUCCAGUAUAAUCAAGUGAUGAGCAUCAGGAGAUUUUUCUCUGGACGACAUUACUGGGAUGUGGAGAUCAGUGGGUCAGGGAGGUGGAUAGUGGGGAUGUGUUAUCCCAGUAUAAACAGGAGGGGAGAUCAGUCAUGGAUUGGACAUAAUAACAAGUCCUGGGGUUUAUAUGGUGUACAGUGUGAGAAUAAGUAUUCAUUGACUCAUGGCAAUAAAGUGAUCCAGUUACCUCACCAGAUCUCCAGUGACAGAUUCAGAAUCUGUCUGGAUUAUGAGGCCGGGCAGCUGUCCUUUUAUGAGCUGUGUGACCCCAUCAGAUACUUACACACCUUCACCACCACCUUCACCGAGCCCCUUCAUGCUGUCUUAUGGGUAGGGGAAGGUUCUAUCAAGAUUCUAAGGGAGGAGCAGUUUUGA